AUGGCGAAAGAUUCCACUGUGGAGGAAACCAAGCAGACAAUCGUGCAGCGCUUCAGAGCUUGGGGUGAAAACUCCUUCCCGCCAACUCUGCUAGCUUCCCUCAUCACCGCGCAACAUGCACGCCCAUUCCAGUUCUUCCCUAUGCUCUUCCCUCCUAUCCUCAUCCUGACGAGCUAUGUGAACCUUCAAGGCUUCAAGACCGAGACUGCAGGUAUCACCGCCGCCUGGUCAGGCUUAUAUCUACUCUUGGCAAGCCGCCGGCGGCAGCCAUUAAUGAAGAAGUUCGGAGCUCGCGGAAUCGUGCGUGGUGGAACAAUGGCACUUUGCUUGGUCAAUAUGAUUGGCGGUGGACUUGCAUACACCCUUGGAAAGCAAGAGGCCGAAGAAAAGAAGGAGCAGCCUUAA